AUUGGUAGGCCAUUGAAUGUGUGAAUUAUGACCUGCUAAAGAAGGAAGAGUUAAAACCCAACUGGGGCAUAUACUGGCAGCUUCCCAUUUGAUUCCUCCGACCGUUCCAUCUCGAAAGGGGUAUAUCCAUUAGGAAAAGUAUUUUCUUUCUCGACAGAUUCCUUCAAAGUCAUUUAUUUUCUUUCAAACACCAAAUACCCACAUUGGGUUACUUGAUUGUCAAUACUUCUCUCUACAAACUCUGAUAUACCGCAUUAUAUUAUUCACUUAAUUAUUAAUGGCCAUGACUUGUACUUCUCUCUCUAUAUAUCCCACUCUCUCUCCUCCUUCCUUUUCCAGAGCCAAUACUUCUUGUUCUGCUUCUUCUUCCUCUUCUUCUUCAGCUCCUGUUUUUGUUGCCUUAAGAAUAAAACCCAGUUGCCUUUUUGUGAGAGGACCACGGUUUGGCUACUUUGAGGGACCAAAGGGUAGGCGGAAUAGGAGUAGCCUUGAAAUUAGAGCGAAAGAUAUGACCAUCAUUGAGAUUAGGCCAGAAGAAGAGGAAGAGGGUCCUCCUUUAUUGGAUUCUGAGAACAACUCGAGGCCUCGUCGAAUUGCUCUCUUUGUUGAGCCUUCACCUUUUGCAUAUGUAUCAGGAUAUAAAAAUCGGUUCCAGAAUUUUAUUAGAUACUUACGCGAAAUGGGUGAUGAGGUGAUGGUCGUGACAACACAUGAAGGAGUGCCUGAGGAAUUUUAUGGAGCAAAAUGUAUAGGAUCCCGGAGUUUUCCAUGCCCUUGGUAUCAGAAUGUACCCCUGUCCCUUGCACUGAGUCCUAGAAUCAUUUCAGAGGUUGCUCGGUUUAAGCCUGACAUAAUACAUGCUUCAUCACCUGGAAUAAUGGUAUUUGGUGCUCUCAUUAUCGCUAAGUUGUUAUGCGUUCCUAUUGUGAUGUCCUAUCAUACUCAUGUGCCAGUAUACAUCCCAAGAUACACAUUUAGUUGGCUGGUGAGGCCAAUGUGGUUGGUUAUAAAAUUUCUGCACCAAGCAGCUGACCUUACACUGGUGCCAUCUGCUGCCAUUCAGAAGGAUCUACAAGCAGAAAGAGUAGCAGCAGAUAAUAAGAUUCGUCUUUGGAACAAGGGUGUGGAUUCUGAAAGCUUCCAUCCACGUUUCCGCUCUGAUGAAAUGCGGUUUAGAUUGAGCAACGGCGAACCUGAGAAGCCAUUGAUAGUUCACGUGGGACGACUUGGAGUUGAGAAAAGUUUGGAUUUCCUCAAGAGUGUCAUGGAUAGCCUUCCUGAAGCUCGAAUUGCUUUUAUCGGAGAUGGACCUUACAGAGAGGAGCUUGAGAAAAUAUUCUCAGGCAUGCCUGCAGUAUUCACUGGAAUGCUAGAAGGUGAAGAGCUCUCCCAGGCAUAUGCCAGUGGAGAUGUAUUCGUGAUGCCCUCAGAAUCUGAAACACUAGGGCUCGUUGUUCUGGAGGCUAUGUCUUCUGGGAUUCCCGUGGUGGGUGCCCGGGCAGGUGGAGUGCCAGAUAUAAUUCCUCCGGAUCAGGAGGGAUUGAUUGGCUAUCUCUACAAUCCAGGAGACCUCGACGACUGCUUAACCAAAUUGAAGCCUCUGUUGUACAACCACGAACUGAGGGAAACCAUGGGCAAAGCUGCACGCAAAGAGAUGGAGAAGUAUGACUGGAAAGCAGCAACUCGAAUUAUACGCAACGAACAAUACAAUGCUGCCAUUUGGUUUUGGCGCAAGAAGAGAGCGCAAAUGUUGAAACCUUUACAGUGGCUGAUCAAACUCAUCUUCCCGCCAUCCUCACAAGUUAGCUACAGGUGAAACAAGUGUUUUUUAUUAGUUGUUUGGUUGCAUUGGUUUGCUAGUUGUUGCUCUAGACUUGUAUAAGAAAUGAAAAGAAGUACUUGUGGGACUGAGCUUGUGAUUAUUCAUUUGUUGUAUAUAUAAUGAACCAUGUGGCUACAUCAUUGUACUUCCAAUGUAAUAGAUUUAGUAGACUAUCAAACUUCAGAUUCUCUAAUCAUGGAAAAAAAUUGUUAUGUUUUGUUUUUAAAUA